GUACAUGGUUAUAUGAGACUACGCAAAGGCGACAGACAUCUGGGGGCAAUUAAAAUAAACGAAAGAUUUGUGCAUUAAGGAACCUCAAUAAAAGAGUAGACUACUACUGCACAGUUGCGCGAGAUUUAUAUAAUUUGACACAAGUGAUUUUGUUAUGUUGUACAUUGACUGCCCUUCAAUUGAGAAAUAUACUUCAACGACAGUAAAAACCUUCCGCAACAAUAUUUAUGCAACAAUGCAUAAAUAGAUCAAACUGAAAAUGGCCUCCACUGUGGAUGAAGUCUUUACGACGAUUGGUGAAUUUCGUCAAUAUCAAUGGUAUCUUUUGACAGUAAUGGGACUUGCUGUAGUUGUUAUUACUUCCUUUCCCAUUAUGAUACCAUCAUUCAUCACAGCUGAACCUCCAUGGAUGUGUGUUGAUGGAUUUAUGAAUAGCACUGUAUGCCAAUUCAACGGAACAAUAUCGUUGACCAGUGAUAAUUAUAAAGAAAGAUGUCAUAUGCCGAGAGAAGCUUGGAAGUUCGUUGACGAUUUCACAUCUGUUGUUACUGAGCAUGAUCUCGUUUGUGACAAUUCAAUCAUACUCUCCAUCGCACAAUCGUGUUUAUGGAUCGGUAUGCUGAUAAGUUUGUUGGUCAGCGGUCAACUUUCCGAUUAUCUUGGUCGAAAAAUUAUAUUGUGUUUGGGCUGUGGAGUUAUUAUUGUAGCCACUUGGGUGAUGGUGUUUCCUAAAGUUUUUGCUGUAUUCAUUGUUUGCCGUGUUUUCAUUGGUAUUGGCUCAGGAUUUGUGAACACAACAUUGUUUCCUCUGUUGACGGAAUUCACAACAGAAAAAUAUCGUUCCUGGAUGGGGAUUGGAUCGUUUAUAUUCUGGGCUGUUGGUAUAUCAAUCCUUCCUCUAAUUGGCUUCUUGGUUCCUGCAUGGAGAACGUUCUUGCUUGUCACUGCUAUUUCAGCGACUCCUUUCCUCUUUACUUGGUGGCUUAUUCAAGAAUCUCCUCGAUGGCUUUUACUGCACAAUAAAGAAGAACAAGCGAAAGUUGUUUUUUCAAAAAUUGCCGUCAAAUGGAACAAGCGACAAUUGCCAAAUAAUCUUCUUCUACAGAAGCCUCCGUCCACAGAAAAACGAGCGAAUGUAUUUCAAUUGUUUCGAACAUGGAAUAUGGCAAAGAAAACAUUGAUUUCAUGGAAUUUGUGGUUUGUCAACGCACUUGUAUAUUACGGUGUUUCCUUUGGUUCAGUUGAUCUUGGUGGCAAUAUAUAUCUGAACUCAUUCCUUAUUUCUGUUGUUGAGAUUCCUUCAAAUUUUUGUUGCAUUUGGUCCGUUCGCAGGUUUGGUAGAAAAAAAAGCGUUGUUAUUCCCAUGAUUGUCGCAUUUAUUGCUUCUACUAUUCCCGUUGCCAUUCCAUCAAAUGAAAGUUCAGAAAUUGUCGGUAGUCGUGUAACUGCUGUCGUCAUCGCAAAAUUUUUCAUCAACUUUUCUUUCUCUGGUAUUUACUUAUGGUGCACUGAGCUCUUUCCCACUGUAAUACGAUCAACUGGACUGUCAACUUGCUCUUCUAUGGCAAGAAUUGGAUCAUUCUUAGCUAGCUAUAUUAUAUGGCUUAUUCGUAUUCAUGCAGCACUACCGUUCAGCAUCAUGGGAGUUUUAUGCCUUCAAGCAGCUGUACUCGGCAUGUUUUUACCUGAAACUAAAGGAAAGCCAACUUUAGAAACCAUGAGCGAUCUUAAUGGUAUAAAAUCAAAUGGUUUUGAUCAGUCGAAUACAAAUGGCGAAGGUGAAAUCGAGCUUAAGGAAAAUGUCUUAAAUAAAACAAUGACCGCAACCUGAUAUCUUGCAAUUUUAAUCAAUCUUUAUUGUCAGUAAUGACGGAAUAUUUUGUUAUCACAACUGUUUGCAAUAUAUUCAGGGGUGCCAGAAGGUACAUAAAGGUGUGGGGGGAACAUUUUAGAAAUUUUGAGUACCAAUUUCUACAAACUAAUGAAAUAAUAGAAAUGUAAAACCUU